AUGCAAGAUGAAGUUCAUAAUGCAGAAAGGGAAGUAGCAGAAGCAGGAAUCCUCUCACAAGUGCAGUUGGUUAAUCGUGUGGAUGAACAGAUGAAAGAAGUGGAGCAGCUCCAUGAGCGAAGUGCAUUCUCCGAGGGGCUUGUGAUUGAGGUGGAGGAGACUGGAGAAAUUGAAUUGCUAACACAAGAACUGGUCAGACGAGCUUUCCAGAAAAAUCUUGGUAAGAUUUGGGAUUACUUGAGGAAUGAUGAGGUCUUGAGUAUCGGCAUUUGUGGAAUGGGAGGAGUGGGUAAGACCACUCUCGCCACGCAUAUUCAUAAUGGCUUGUUCAACCAUGUUUGUUGGGUCACUGUAUCACAAGAUAGCAGUAUUCACAAAUUGCAGAGUGACAUCGCUUGUUGCCUUCAGUUGCAGCUAUCACACGAGGAGGAAGGGAAGAGAAAAGCCGCAAAGCUAUCACGCAGCUUGUCAAGAGAGAGUGCAUCUUGUCCUAGACGAGUAUUAUCAAGAACUAUGAGAGGGAUAGAGGAUAUUCAUGAAUGGAAAAAUGAAUUGGAAGAGCUAAGAGAACCAAAAUUUGAUCCGGAAUGCAUGGAGAAUGAGGUUUUCAGAGUGCAGAAGUGCAGCUACGAUCACCUGAGUGGUGAAACUGUGAAGGAGUGUCUCCUGCACAUUACUUUGUGUCCAGAAAACUAUGAGAUUUACAGAACUGAUUUAAUACAGUAUUUCAUCGAUGCAAGACUAGUUAGUGGAAUGAAAAGUAGGGAGGCGGACCUGAACACAGGUCACUCGGUGACAAACAUUAACAUGAUGAAGAGGGAAUUCAUGGUAAAGGCCAAUUUUCGUUUGAGAGAGAUACCAAAUGAAGAGGAGUGCACAGAGAACCUGAAGAAGAUAUCACUGAUGAGAAAUGUGAUCAGGAAAUCCCGGCUGGUGUCCAAGUGGAAUCGAGAGGGCUCCGGAAGGACUGGUAAAACUGGUAAAUCUAAGAUUCCUUGA